UUUGAUAUAAUGUCACCUGUGCAACAGUAUGCCAUAGAGAACAGUCUUCCUCAGUUAAUUUGGCCGGAUGUCGGUGGUGAGAGAUGUAAAUAUGACGUUGGUGUUGUCGAUUCAUUUGGUCAUCUGAUCCCAGACAAUGUCAUCAAUAUGUUUACAUAUGGAUUGCUAAAUAUUCAUCCAAGUUUGCUGCCAAGAUGGCGAGGAGCUGCUCCAUUGUACCACACAAUACUGAGUGGAGAUGAAGAAACUGGAGUAACAAUUAUACAAAUAUCUCCGCAAUUUGAUGUUGGACCUAUUGUCAUGCAAACAACUAUUACUGUUCCACAUCGAUGUACGACAAUUCAACUUUCAAAGAUUCUAUCACAGCUGGGAUCGAAUAUGCUUUUACAAGUAUUAGAUGAUUUGCCAAGAAAGAUUGAGAACUCUGUGGUACAACCAACGAAUGGAGUAACAUUAGCCAAGAAGAUAAAAACCGACAUGAGUUGGAUUGAUUGGUGUAACUAUAGCUGUCGGUUUAUUGACAGAUUACACAGAGCCAUAUCUACACAUGUCACACUGAGGACAUUAUGGAGGGGGAAAUUACUAAAACUCUAUAAUAUGGUGGACCUGCAUGUAACACAAGGAUUACAAUUGCCAUUGGCUGAUGUGCAUCCCGGUGUUGUCAAAUAUCAUAAUAAACAUGGCAUAUUAUGUAUUCGUUGUCUGGAUGGCUGGGUUGGAUUUAAAUCAGUAACGAUAGAAAGAAGAAAAAAGAUGUCUGCGAAAGAUUUCUACAACGGCUUCCUCUCUCGGGAUCAGUCACUCGACUGGAAUAAUUUUACAAGUGUACGUAAUAAACAUACAGAAGCACUCAACAAAAAAUAUGGCACAUGA